UCAGGUCCCGCUCCAGCGCAUCGUUGUCGUAGUCGUUGGCCAUGGAGGCGCUGGGCAUCAUUGCGGCCAUUUCCGCAACCCACUUGCAGUCGAUGCGCGGGUAUAGCUAGCUCAAACGGGCAACUAGGGUGUUGAAUUGAUGGCGCGUGGUGAGGCUCUUUCCCUACGUUGCAACUUGGCAAGAGCUACCACCCCGGCUUCCGGGCACGCUGCUCCUUCCGGAAUCGUUCCCGCACUACGCCUGCGUCACAUUCACUAUAUUAUCGUCGCAACAGGGACCAUGUGCUUGCGAAAUCCUCGGUAGUUCCGCCAGCGGCACUUUUAAAUAUCCCGUGCUCCCACGCUCUGGUCUGGCCGCGUAUUGGCGAUUGUGUGUUCACCAUGGGCGAGCCGAUACUGAACGACAUCUCGCACCGCCGCUUCAACCUGCUGCGAGGCAGCUGGGUCCUGGUCUCGCCGCACCGGAACAAGCGUCCGUGGCAAGGUCUGCAGGAGAAGCCGUCCAGGACGUCGCUCCCAGACUACGACCCCGAGUGCUACCUGUGUCCGAGUAACACGCGUGCAAAUGGCUCCAAAAAUCCAAAAUUCACGGAAACUUUUGUCUUCGUAAACGACUACAGCGCCGUCAAGGAAGAGCAGGAAGAGUACCACCCCGAGCAGAACGAGGGUUCCCUGGCGAGUCGACUGCUCAAAGCCGAAGCAGUGACGGGAAAAUGCUAUGUCAUCUGUUUCUCUCCUUCGCACCACUUGACUCUCGCGGAUAUGGCCCCUGCCGAGAUUAUCCCCAUUAUCGAGACCUGGACAAACUUGUACACGGCCCAUCUGGACCCGAAGUCACCACUAGCCGAGGCCGCUAAGGCGUUGUCACUACCCGCCUUUUCCCAAGGUGAUAUCGCUAUUCCGAACGCCCAGUAUCGGUACAUGCAGAUAUUUGAAAAUAAGGGCACAACCAUGGGAUGCUCGAACCCCCACCCUCACGGUCAAGUGUGGACGACGACAUCAUUGCCCGAGGAGCCAAACACGGAACUCCAGCAACUUAAGAAAUACAGGCAAGAGCAAAGUGGCUGUCAUCUGCUGGUAGACUAUGCAAAAUUGGAAUCUGAUCAAAAGGAACGGACCGUGUUCGAAAACGAGUCCUUCUGGGCCGGAGUGCCUUACUGGGCCGUAUGGCCGUUUGAGGUUAUGAUUAUAAGCAAGCAGCAUAAGCGUGCAUUGGUCGAUUUCAGCAACGCGGAGAGGCAGCAGCUGGCCGAGUGCAUGGCAGAAAUCACUCGGCGAUACGACAACCUGUUCGAAACCCAGUUCCCGUACAGCAUGGGCUUGCAUCAAGCACCGCUGCAGGGGACUGAAGAAGAGAUUGAAUCGAGCCACUUCCAUAUCCACUUCUACCCGCCGCUCCUUCGUAGCGCAACAGUUCGGAAGUUCCAGGUCGGUUACGAAAUGUUGGGCGAACCUCAGCGGGACAUCACUCCUGAGCAGGCCGCGGAGCGAUUACGUGCGUGCGAUGGGGAACUUUACCGCAAGAAGCUCGAGCACCUUACCAACGGCCAUGCUGGCAAUGCGACCCAUGUAUGCCAGGAGCAGCAGAAGCAGUAAGCUCGCUGCCGAGCCUUGUGUUCACGCGCAAUUCUAUUUGAAGGUUGGAAUUCGAUGUACAUAUAUCGAUCCUUGAUGUUGGAGAUACCACGUUGGAUGCAUUUUGAAUAUAUACGAGAUCUUGAGAUAUUUCGAAGUUUUCGAACUUGUGAAAGUGGCCGUGGGGAGUAUUGACAUCUGAUAUUGAAUCAUACCGUUCAAUCUUCCCGUAAAAUCAUGUACGCCGGUUCGAUGGCACACACGAUUGGAUCUACAUUCCAAAGACAGGGGGUUCCUUCAGUAACAGAUUUCUGCCAGAAUCAUCAUGCUAAACCACGAUCGAACAAUGAGCCCAUGCCAGCCAG